UUCACAAACUUUGUGCUGUAUACUGGGCACUUGCCAAUAUGUCACCAAAAUACAGGUCAGCAUUACACAAUAUACAGCUAGCAAUGCUUGCAAAAGUGACAGACCUCCAGAGGCAUGGGUAUGCAGCUGUACUUGCUCCAUUAUUACAUGAUGUUCAUAUUCUUGAACAGGAUGGUGUUUUUAUUGAACGACUUGGUCGCAAUGUCAAAGGCACCAUCUUUUGUGUGUCUGCUGACAAUCUAGCUGCCCAUGGAUUAGGUGGCUUUGUGGAGUCAUUUAAAGCAGGCUAUGUUUGCAGAUUCUGCUUGGCCACAAGAGAACAGUUUCCAGCAACUGAAGCCAGGCAGUUUUCUCAAAGAACCAAAGAUAGCCAUGACCUUCAUGUACAAAACAUUCAGGAAAAUGACGCUUCCUCCAACCACUUUGGUGUUAAAACAAGUUGUGUCUUGCGUGACUCCCUGGAUUACUUUCAUCCAGUCACAGGCUUUCCUCCAGAUGUCCUGCAUGAUCUUCUAGAAGGCAUAGUUCCUGUGGAGAUUUCUCUCUGCAUUAAGACCUUGAUCCAGAUGAAGUACUUCACUUUAGAGUAUUUGAACCAAAAGAUUGCAUCAUUCCCAUAUCAACAUGCUGAUAAAGUGGAUAGGCCUCAACCAAUUCCCAAAACAUUUCUGUCUCGAGGAACGAUAGGAGGGAAUGGUCAUGAAAAUGCUACUCUGCUCCGACUGCUUCCAUUGCUUGUAGGCAGUGUUGUACCAGAAGGUAAUGGUGCAUGGACAGUUUUGAUGGAACUGAAAGAGGUAGUGCAGUUAGCAUUAUGCCCAUCAUUUACUGAUGAAACCUUAGACUAUUUUCAGUCCAAAAUCAGCGAUCAUAAGCAAGUACUGCUGAAGACAUUCCCAGAGUUUAGCCUUCGUCCUAAGCAUCACUAUGUGGAGCAUUACCCCACCAUGAUCAAGUGCUAUGGGCCCCUGGUGCAUGUUUGGACAAUGCGAUUUGAGGCCAAACACCGUUUUUUUAAACGAGUGGUGCAUGACGCUCAAAACUUCAAAAAUAUUUUGAAGACAAUGGCAGUCAGACACCAACACAUGAUGGCAUACCAUCUUGCUGCCCCAUCAUUUUUCAAGCCAGAAACACAAGCAUCCAGGGUUGACUCUGUUCUGGUUUCAGCUCUACCAGAAGUAGCUCAGCUACACAUUAGAACACUAACAACUAGUGACACAAUAUACCAGACAUCAAAGGUUACCAUUGAUGGCACACACUAUGUCUGUGAAAUGUUUUUGUCUGUCGGAGACAGUGGUGGACUACCUAGGUUCUGCAGAGUAGAGCACAUCUACCUUGUCAAUAGCACUGUUUCAUUCCUUUGUUCUAAUUAUGAUUGCUGGUAUUUAGAACAUCUUGGAUCCUAUGAGCUGUCACCUUCCCAGACAAGUCUGUCAAUCCACCUGAAGUCUGAUCUCAACGAUUCAGUCCCGCUCUCUGCAUACGAGGUAGAAGGCUCGCUUCUGUUAACACCCAAGAGAUUCAUACAAAUAAAACAGAACUGAGUCUAGCCAGUGCAUAAUGGCAGAUCUAUCCCCACAACCCAUGGUCCUUCGUGUUGUUGAACCAGACCGGGCUAGAAAAUUAAAACUCGGUUCACGACCAGCCUCUAUUGAUGCACUGAUUGCUGUUAUAAAAGAACAGCUGGAAAUAGACCUUGACUUCAGUUUAAAAUAUGAAGACCCCGACUUUGAUGGAAAACUUACAUCCCUCUCUGACAUUGAUGAGUUGCCACAGAAAGCGGU